ACGGGAUGACCGGAUCCAGUUUACGUAUGGAACAGCGUCACUGACAUCAAGGUCUGAGAUGAUUGGUCAAGCCGGGCGUUACGCUUUCCUCAAAGCCAAACAACGGAGGAUUGCCAUUUCCCCUUACGUGAGACAACCUCUGGUUAAAACAGUAAUGAAACGAGUCCAGAUUUGCGGAAAUGUUCAGAUGGGGCUUCCUUAGUUACCGCUAGUAAACAUUAACGCCGAAUAGUCAUGGCCGAGUUGUUUGGAUCUAAUAGGACCUGGCGGCAGUUAUGCAAUGGCCCCAGCAUUCAGUAUCUGGAAAGAACCAUGUUUCCUGUGCUGUUGCCUGGAUUAGAAGCUAUGUUGAGAGAAGCUCUGAAACACCGCUGUGUGAAGAAGGAAAUAACUGCAUUUAAUGGCUGUGACUUUCUGACUGGAUGGCUUUACAACAAGAAUAAGAAGAGGACUGGUCAGACUCCUCUGGAUUUCCAUAAGAUUCCCUUUGUCCAGGACUGGCUCAGUACACAUCCAAGGUCUACUGUCCCAAUCUCUCUUCUACUGACAGAUGAGCAGGCUGUGCUUAUGAUUCAGACAUUCUGGAGAGGCUACAAGAUUCGUGUGCGUCCAGAUGUGCAGGAGUUGAGACAGUGGCAAAAAGAGCUCCGGGAAGAAAAUUGUGACAUCGCUAAAACAGUGCAGGAGUUCUGGGCACACCAGGAGAGCAGAGUUGGGUCGGAGUUGACUAACUUUGUUAAUGACUCUGACCAGCUUGGUCAGUCUGGUGUCUCGAUCCAGGUUGUGUCUCCAACCCCUUACAACACACCUGCACCACACAGCUCUCUGGAGGGCACUGUCACCCCUGGUCUUCUCAUCAUGGAGUCACAAUGUGCCAUAUCACACAAACAGCCUCUUCCCAACACCACAGACCUGUUACAAUGAUGAAUACCGCAUCAACAGUUUACAUUAGGAGUCAGGGAGGAGUUUAGUGCUUUUUCUCAUGAUAAUCCUUGCCACAUUAGGUUAUAUAAUGGCUUUUAUUCUGUUAAGUAUAUAAAGAUGCUCUAAAACUACUCAUGUGCAAAGUCACACACAGUUUACAGUUUCAUUCAGUUUUUUUUCUGGAAUAACACUGUACCAAUAUAUUACCAAGAUGAUACAAGAUGAACAGUUUAUUGUUUGUGGAUUUACACCUACAUUCUAAACAGGAAGCAGGGACAAUGAUAAUGAUAUCCCACAUGCUUCCAUGUCCUGUACAACAGGAUGCCAUAUCGAAAGAAAGGGAAGCACAGGAAAUUCUGACGUGCAGGAAGAGCAGAUGAUGUACUUCAUCUCACCCGCUAAAUAACUCACUUAAUACUGCACAGCAAAAUUGCAUGCAGACUACUAUAAUAUUCAAAACCAUAAUAAAAUCUGUUAUUUUGCCCACUG